UUGUAUACAUGGAAAUAAACCCUAUCUAUCCAUCUUUUGGAACUCGUUCAGAUUGCGCGUAAAAGUCUGGAGCGCACGACACGACGAACCCGUGCCAAACCCAACAUGAAAAACUUUUACGAUCUUGUGGUCGCUGUCACGUGGGGGUUGAAAAACACUAAUGAAUAUCCACGUGGAUGAGCUGCUGUUGUCCCUUACAUGCCUACAGUAAUUUGGAGACACCUUGCUCCCGGGCGCAGGAUGAAGGUGUGUAACCGUGGAGCGCAGAUGCUCGUGACCACGGCGGGGGCUUUUGCGGCCUUCAGUCUGAUGACCAUCGCCGUCGGGACGGAUUAUUGGUUAUACUCGCGUGGGGUGUGCAGGUCCAAAAGCGCGAAUGAUAACGACACGAACCGGAAAAAUGAAGAGGUGCUCACGCAUUCAGGACUUUGGAGACAGUGCUGCAUGGAAGGCAUAUUUAAAGGGGUCUGUAAGAACAUUGAUCAUUUCCCAGAGGAUGCAGAUUAUGAACAAGAUGCUGCAGAAUAUCUAUUGCGUGCUGUGCGCGCCUCUAGUCUUUUCCCUAUACUGAGCGUGGGACUGCUGUUCAUUGGUGGAGUUUGUGUAGCUGCUAGUGAGUUCUACAAGAGCCGACACAAUGUUAUCCUGUGCGCAGGCAUCUUUUUUGUCUCGGCUGGUUUAAGUAACAUAAUUGGGAUUAUCGUGUACAUUUCGUCCAACGCCGGUGACCCAAACCAGAGCGAGUCGAAGCGCAGUCACUGGUACGGCUGGAGCUUCUACUGCGGCGCGCUUUCCUUCAUCGUAGCGGAGACGGUGGGCGUCCUCACCGUGCACCUGUUCAUCGACACGCACCGCGUGCUCAGAGCGCGUUCACAUCGCACGCUCCAACUCAGCACUAAUUCCCUGCAGCAACGGCGAUCUACCAGCUACCGUUCCCGUUAUCGCUGGAGGCAGGGGCAAAAUCGUUCAUCUGACUCCCGGUCGCGCGAGCCUUCACCUGCUCGACACGGGAACGACCUCGGGUUGUACGCGCUGGGACACGCGUCUCCGACGACUGCAACCCACAACUCCCUUAAUACAAGCCGUGGAUUUGCGCAUUUCCACAACUCUGUCAUUGCCAACAAUACCUUUGCGAAUCCCCAUAUUUUCUCCACGCAGAACUCUGUGAAAUCAGAAAAAGGGAUUCACAUACAAAACAGUUGGGGGUCAGAAAAGGGGGUUGGGUUUCCAAAUGCACAUGGUCAAAAUUCAAUCAAGUCUGAAAACGGAGUCAUGCUGUCACCAAACUUUAAACAGAACUCGGCGAAUCCCGGUAAAAGCCCGGUGCAUGCACAGAAUUCAGUGAUAGACAUUGCGCGCGCGCGAUGCGCAGUAAAGGAGCACUCGUAUGUUUCUCAAUGUGGAACUGCAACAAGAAGAACAACUCCUGUAUGAACAGCAUAAUACGUUCUGCUGCUACAGACAGUAUAUGACUAUGCAACAUGAUGCUGUAUAAAAUGUUAUAGUUUACUUUACCGUAUAUUAUUAAUGGACUAAAUUAAAUAGGACAAAGUGCAACUUUCAUCGAUACGACUUCAUGUCGAGAAGCCAUAUAAAAUAGGAAAAUAAAGUCAUUAAUUAAUUUUUUGAGCAAAAUCUAUUUUUAUCUAAUUCAGAAAUGUUUGAACUUUGGGGUUGACAGUGCCAAAACCUGAUGCAAUGAUGUGAUUUUAAGUUGAAGAAUCAUGUAGUCUCAUGUACUGCCAUUAUUUUUUGUAACAACCGAAAUAAGUUACUUUAAUCUAAUGUGCACUCACUUGGCUAAGUGGUUUAUUUGUUUAUAUUUCCUUUUGUUUUUAACCUACCAUCUAUUAGACAAUUUUCACACACUGCCACUGAGUACAUUCAUUGAUAAAACUGAUACCCAAAAGCCACCCUGGGGUUAAGUGGAUUGAUUUUGGACACAAUGAGGACAGAACAUUAGUGACUCUCUAGUGUCUGGGUCACUAUUUCCUAUAGCUGAUUGUAAACCUUUGUGUUAGCAAUGAAGUGAUGCAUAGUUUUUUUUGCAUACCAUAACAUUUCUUUUUGCCUGACAGAUAACACAGAAACGUAUCCUGAGAAAUCAUAUGAGAGACUAAACACUGGUAUGCAUCUCUAUAUGUCUGUCAGUCAGGUUGUGUGUUCAGGGUUUCUGAAAUCUGGUUUGCUAACAUUUCUAGAAGUCUGGUUUUAAAAAGUGAGUGUCAUUAAAGUAAUAGAGGAAGGUUGAAUUUGUGUCUUGAGCCCUGUAAAUUAGCAAAGCACCUGAAAUUGCGUAUAGCACCUUCUGUAA